CAGCACACCGGACCCUUUUGUUGUUUCUGACAAUUUCUCGUUGCGGCUUCUUAACUUGCAUUUCAUCCAGCCAAGAAAUUUUGAACAAAGGUCCGAUUCGACACUUUACGCCCACCUGUUAAAAGUGUCGUCACCUUAUUACACCCACCACACACCACAUUCGGCUUCUGCCUAACGACUUUUUGAGAUUUUGCUCUAGUAUAUGCCUUGACAUGUUGCAGCCUUAGCUGCUGCAUAUAACGGAAAAUCCGUGGUGUAAGCCAGUCUCUUUUCUAUGAGAAGAUAUUCAAGACUACAAUCGUCGACUGGCUUUUCACAGGUGACUUUGCAUCAGUCUUUCUGCAUUUCUCUUGGAAACUUUUUGUUUCUCUCCAGAUAUCCCUGGUACCAAUAUUGCGCUCCGUUCCAGCAAAGGCUCACGGCUCGCUGCUCACUGGUCUUGCCCGACCCCAAUCUUCUUGGAGCUUUUGACCUUUACACGCUCCGUUCCACCUUUUUCGUGCCGCAGCCUGCCCACAAGGCAAGGUAUCCACACGGCACCGACGCUUACCAUGCCACGGUCGAGAGCAACAUCAAGCCCGGCAUCACCAGACAAAAGAUUGCCAGUCAAUCCACGCCGGCACAAAGUUCCCGUAGAGCAAAGAAAGCGCGUCGCUACUGCUUGCAACAGCUGUAACGUCAAACGCGUCAAGUGCUCCGGCGAAAGACCAUGUAGGCAAUGCAAAAACACGUCAAGGGAGUGCAUCUACCCCGUCACUGUCGACAAGGUGACGAUUGCAAAAUCCGAGUUGGACGCACUUCAUGCCAAGUGUGCCGCCCUCGAGCGAUGCUUGCAAGAGGCCGUGCCAGACAGUGCUCGCCGCCAACAGCUGUUCGCGCUAGAUAGCAAGUCCUUCGCACCGAGGCGAGGAAGCGAUGGCCUCCAUUCGCCAGCCGCAAGCUCAGUGGGCGAUGUGGUAGAAGAGGAGUCGGUCGUUGCGGAAGACGGGAGGCUGCUACAGGACACGGAUGGAACGGCCCGGUAUCUGGGCGAGACAUCUGGUGCUACAUUCCUUGAUAAUCUCAAACAGUUCAUGGCGACCAUAUUCCCACUUGCAUACAAUGGAUCAGCUCCAUCCGACCCAUCGAUCCACGCUGGGAACGCCUUCCUGUCCUCAGUAGGCAGGUACCAGACAAGUGACUCGCAGCCACUCUUGGUUCCCAUCGUCGACCCCCUGUGGUUGCCAACCUCGACCGAGAUGUCGGUCAAGUUGAGUGACCUGCGCUAUUUCAUACAGGAAGGCGGCGCCAUUUCGGGAGGGAUAUACUUUUGGGGCGACCUGACGAGCCUGCCUCACAAUGAAAGAGGGCCAGCGGCUUCGACGGCCGCAGACCUUGUAGCGCACCGGCCGCUUGCUUUUUACCACGCGGCAUUUGCCUACUCGACCUUGUUCGGCCUGACGACUACAAACUCCAAACAGGAUGGACAGCUGGGGGAGACAUACUUUGCCCGCGCCAAAAUGCUUCUUGGAAAUCCACUCGAGGUGGCAACCUACUCGACCGCCGACGUAGCCGCCCUGGCCCUCAUGGGCAUGUACAUGGUGGAGAUGAACAGGCGGGACGCCGCCUACAUGUACAUUACAACGGCCAUGCACAUCUCUAUCAUGCACGGCGUACAUAGGGGCUGGUCUGUAGAUGAGAUGGGGAAGAGAGUCUUCUGGACCGUCUAUAUCCUUGACAGGUGGAUGAGCUGCUUGAUGGGCCGCCCACCUACCAUCCAGGAUGAAGUCAUUAGGCUGGACCUUCCGCGGGAAGUACCGGGUCUCCCAACAUGUGUUGGCAUCUGUGCCAACAUUGAAUUGUCCAGGAUCGCAGGUCAUGUUGUUUGCGAUACAUACCGCAGUGCUCCCGGCACAUGGAAUGAUGCAAGGUCAACGGGGUUAUCGCACGUUGACAAAGCUUUGCGAAUGCUUUGGAAUUGGCAACGAGACCUCCCUCCUGCUUUGCAACUAUCCCAAGAUACUCUCUCGCGAGACAGACCACUCUGUACUCUGCACAUGAACCACAAUCAGCUCCUCAUCCUUACAAUACGACCAAUGUUUCUCGUCGCCGUCAAAAAGGCAGUGGCAGACCGAUUCUUCACAACACACUCAUGGCACUCACAAGACCGCGACCACCAGCAGCAGCAGACCGAGCUCUCCCGCCCUGCCUGGGCCAGCAUAGAAAGUCACCCACAGGUAAGCCUGUUCCGCGACUGCUCGGACGCGGCGCGCCGGAACCUGCGCCUCGGCCGGUGGCUGGCCAAGAUUUCGCCUGCCUCCAAGCUCCUGCUGCCCGACAUGCACUGCAUCUUCAACGCCGCCAUCCUGCUCCUCCUCCACCAGAUCGUCUUUGUCGACCUCCGCACCGACGACGUCUCGGACAUAUCCUUCGCCCUCGAAGCCUUUGCCCGCGAGGCAGACGUCGGAGACGCCUAUGCCGGCGACUGCCUGCGCGUCAUGCAGGACCUCGCCGGGCUUGUGAGACGUCUGCGCUCGCUCAUGUUUGACGGCGUGCCGCACGUCCCUAGCCCCCACUUUGCACCUACUAUUCUCUCCGCGGCCCCGUCGCCUCUACCGUCGGUCGGCCUUGGGCUGCCCAUGUCGAUGAUUCCACUCCCAAGUCCGGGGAUUGAGGGUCAUGGCGGGGCAGACUAUCUGACUUCUAGCCCUGGGCAUCAGCAGCAGCAACAACACCACUCGUUACAUCACCAUCAACAACCACACCAUUUGUCCGUGCCCGUUACCACGAUGGAUGGAACAACAGGGCCGCUUGCGCUGGGAUACGAUGGAGUAAGCACCGGACUCGGUAUGAUGCCGCUCGGGGUCGGUAGUGGGGAUGCUCUGUACGCAGAGUUGAUGACAUGGCUGGAUAAUGACGAGAUGAGCAUGAGCGGCAUGUACGCGGGGCAGAUGAUAUGAUUGCUUAAAAGGCGCGGUAGACGCUACCAUUGAUAUGUGCUUUUAAAUUUGAGACGAGAUCUAUUUAUGAACGCCCAUAAAAUGACAGGCUCUUAUAUUUCCUCUUGCUCUUAAACUCUGUGUUGCUUCACAGUACCUUUAUACAGUAACCCUUAUACUCCCACCUGCGUUCUGAGACAGUGGACAAGGAUACUCGGGCAACCGUUGACCUUCCUUUGGCUAAUAGACCAUUAG